AUGAAGUUUCUCUCUCUUCUCGCUGCCUCGGCAAGCGUCGCGCAAGCUGCUCUUAAAUGGCAGAAUGUCCGUUUUGGCGGUGGAGGCGGCUUCGUGCCUGGCAUUGAAUUCCAUCCCACUGCCAAGGGAGUUGCCUAUGCGAGAACUGAUAUCGGUGGACUUUAUCGUCUUAAUGCGGAUGAUUCAUGGACGCCGUUAACUGACAACACUGGUGUUGAUGCGACAUGGAGCCGCUGGGGUAUUGAUGCCUUGGCCCUUGACCCAAGCAACCCUAACAAGGUCCUCACUGCUGCUGGAUUGUACACCAACUCCUGGGACCCCAACAAGGGAGCUAUCGGUAUCAGCAAUGACAAAGGUGCAACAUGGUCCUUCACCGAACUCCCCUUCAAAGUAGGCGGCAACAUGCCCGGUCGCGGCAUGGGUGAGCGUCUCGCCGUUGACCCCAAGAACUCCAAUAUCAUCUACUUCGGAGCCCGAAGUGGCAACGGUCUUUGGAAGAGUACAGAUGGUGGUCAGAGCUUUUCCAAAGUCACUUCUUUCACCAACGUUGGUACCUAUGUCGCCGAUCCAAGUGACAGCUCUGGAUACAACAGUGAUAUCCAGGGUUUGUCUUUCGUCACGUUUGACUCAACCUCUUCUCUUCUUAAUGGCGCUACGUCGAGAAUCUUUGUUGGUGUCGCUGAUACGAAGACGGCCUCUGUGUAUGUGACUACUGAUGCUGGUAAGACGUGGAAGCCGGUUGAUGGUCAGCCUGUGAAGUACCUCCCUCACAAAGGUCAGUUUUCAUCAAAGGAGAAGGCUUUGUACUUGUCGUACAGCAAUGGCGGUGGACCUUAUGAUGGUUCUGCCGGUGCCGUGUAUCGCUAUGAUGUCGCCGCCAACACUUGGAAGGACAUUACUCCACCGGGAGAUAUCUACUUCGGUUUCGGUGGUCUUGCACUCGAUCGACAGAAGUCGGGUACCCUUGUUGUCGCAUCGCUUAACUCUUGGUACCCUGAUGCUCAGUUCUUCCGAUCAACUGACUCUGGCAAAACCUGGUCUACGCUCUGGAACUACAACGCCCAGGGUAACCUUGACCUCCACUACAGUAUCUCUACACCAAAGGCUCCUUGGAUCUACAAGAACUUCAUCUCAGUUGACACCAAGAAACUGGGGUGGAUGGUUGAGGCUUUGGCCAUUGAUCCAUUUGACAGCAACCACUGGCUCUAUGGCACUGGCCUGACAGUCUACGGAGGCCAUGACUUGACUAAGUGGGAUACCGUCCAUAACAUCACCAUUGAGUCUCUUGCCGACGGUAUCGAGGAGACCGCUGUUCUUGACGUCAAGUCCGCUCCAGGUGGAAGUGAACUUCUCGCCGGUGUCGGCGAUGACAGCGGCUUCACCUUCGCCAGUAAGAGUGUCCUCGGCAAAGCACCCCUCUCAGCUUGGGAUAACCCCAUGUUCACCUCAACAACUAGUGUUGACUACGCUGGCAAGAAGGUCGGUAACGUCGUCCGAGCUGGAAACAGUGAUAGCAACCCUCAAGUCGCCCUCUCUUCCGAUGGUGGUAAGUCCUGGAAGGUUCAUGGCGCUGCUGAGCAAGGUCCAAAGGGAGGUUCUAUCUCAUACUCUGCUGAUGGAGAUACUAUUCUCUGGUCUCCUGAGAACAGAGGUGUUUUGAGAUCUCAGAAGGAAGGCAGCUUUGCUUCUGUUUCGAGUCUACCUAAUGGUGCUCUCGUUGCUAGCGACAAGCAAGAUAACGACUACUUUUACGGUGCAUCAGGUUCAAAGUUCUACGUCUCCAACAACACAGCUUCAAGCUUCUCCACAGGUGGAUCUCUCGAUGGAGCGAACUCGGUCAAAGACAUCGCCGCUCAUCCUACCAAGGCCGGAGAGGUCUGGGUCUCUACCGACGCCGGUAUCUUCCGCAGUACAGACUACGGCAGCGCUUUCUCCAAAGUCGGAGGUCUUAGCAAGACUGAGCAGAUUGCUCUUGGUAAGGGCUCUGGAAGCAACUGGAAUGUGUAUGCUUUUGGUACAGGAUCCGCUGGACGCAAGCUGUAUGGCAGCUCUGAUCUUGGCAAGACCUGGACAGAUCUUCAGGGCUCUAUGGGCUUUGGCGCUGCUGACAGUGCUAAGCUUGCUGGAAGUGGAAAUGAGGCGGGAUUGGUCUAUGUUGGAACGAAUGGUCGGGGUGUUUUCUGGGGCCAGGGGACAAUUUGA